AUGUUCGCACGACUUUGGUUGGCUGUAGCCCUGCUGGCAGCGAGGGCGAUUGCUUUAAGCAUGACUACAUUUCGUCGUGAUGUGCAGCUUUUAGCAUCCAUGGACAUCGACCCAACUCUCAUAAUUAAGCAUGGGCUGUCCACGCAUGCUCUCGCCGAGCAGCACUCAUCCGGGGAAUUUACAGCACAAACGAUCGAAAUACCUAUUGACCACACCAAUCAAUCCGUCGGCACGUACCAGAAUCGAUACUGGGUAUCCGACCAAUACUACCGUGAAGGUGGGCCUGUCUUCUUAUACGACGUCGGUGAAACGAACGCGUCCAGCCCCGCAAAGGCAUACCUGGGAAACUCAAGUUCUUUCCUCGUGGAAGUGCUGAAGGAAUUUGGUGGCAUGGGCAUAGUCUGGGAGCAUCGAUACUACGGCCAAUCGCUCCCAUUCCCCGUCAACAACGCCACCCCGCCCGAACAUUUUCAAUAUCUCACCAAUAAGCAAGCUCUGGCCGAUCUGCCCUACUUUGCAGACAGGUUCUCCCAUCCGGCACACCCGGCCGUGGACUUCUCGCCGAGCUUGACCCCGUGGGUUAUGAUCGGCGGUUCCUAUGCGGGCAUGCGUUCAGCGUUUGCUCGAGAUGAGUAUCCGGGUACCUUUUACGCAUCAUGGGCCUCUUCGGCGCCGGUCGAAGCCCGGAUCGAUAUGAGCGUGUACUUUGAUCAAGUUUACAACGGGCUAGUCGGCAACGGCUACAGCAACUGUACGAAAGACAUCAAAGCCGGACUUGAGUAUGUCGACGGCGAGCUCUCCAAGAACGGAACUGCCGCUGCCGAUAUCAAGAAGAAGUUCUUCGGCGAGGGCGCCGAGAAGAAUAGUAACGGCGACUUCACGGCCGCUCUGGCAGCCAUUAUGUCGCUGUUCCAGGCCUACGGCACCGGCGGAGGCGAAGCAGGCAUUGGAGGAUUCUGCAAUCACCUCGAAACCGACCCAGAGACAUCGACACCUGCUGGACCCAGCGGGUUUGCGCCGACCCGUGGGACGCAGUGGGUUGGCGAGCGGUUCGCUUCCUGGCCUGUGUGGAUCGACCUCAUCAACUCCCAGUACCAAACAAACUGCAACGGGGUCGACCCGUCGCAGCCUCUCUCUUGCGUUCUGAACCCGCCUCCCACCGAUUCGGACACUAUUAGCUGGACAUGGCAGUAUUGCACGGAGUUCGGGUACUUCCAGAGUAACAACUUUGGUCCGCAUUCCUUGCUCUCCAAGUUCCAGACCCUCGAGUACCAGCAGGAAUACUGCUAUCGGCAAUUUCCCGAGGCCGUGGCCAAGGGCCUGCUGCCCAAGGCGCCACAGGUUGAUGCUACAAACGCCCAGACUGGCGGUUGGAACAUCCGGCCCUCGAAUGUCUACUGGAGUGGGGGGCCAAGUAUUGCGCCGAAGAACCAAUUCACCACGGAUGUCCCCCAGUGUAAUGUGAAUACGCCGGAGCACACGGUAUUUGGCUACGUGAUGCCGAAUGCUGAGCACUGCUUUGAUUUCCGCACAACAUUUGCUCCAGCGAUCAAGUCCCGCCAACUCUUCUAUAAGGCUUUGCAUAGCUGGCUGCCUUGCUUUAAUGGUGGCCAGAACCCUACGUCCACUGGCAGCGGGAACGGCACCUCCAUGGCAAGCCCAACGAUGAGCCCUAGAAAGCGGAUGGGCAUGAAACGCAUCCAGCGCGGAUUCUAG